UAUCAUGACGCAGUCAUUGUGGGACGGUUUGUUUACAUCAUGGCGUCGGUGGAUUUCAGAGACAACCUUCUGGGGAUUUCCUGGGUGGACAGCGGCUGGGUGCCGAUCCUGAAUCCUGGAAAUGUGCUGGACUAUUUCUCUGAGAGGAGCAACCCGUUUUAUGACCGAACCUGUAAUAAUGAGGUGGUGAAGAUGCAGCGGCUCAGUCUGGAACACCUGAAUCAGAUGGUGGGAGUGGAGUACAUUCUUCUUCAUGCUCAGGAGCCAAUUCUUUAUAUAAUCCGUAAACAACAGAGGCAGUCACCAACACAAGAGAUUCCCUUGGCGGACUACUACAUCAUAGCAGGAGUGGUCUAUCAGGCCCCAGACCUGGGGACAGUUAUCAGCUCCAGAGUGCUCUCUGCUGUCCAUGGAAUCCAGUCUGCCUUCGACGAGGCCAUGUCUUACUGCCGAUAUCAUCCAUCCAAAGGAUACUGGUGGCACUUCAAGGACCAGGAGGAAAGAGAGAAAGCCAAGCCAAAGUCGAAGAAGAAAGAGGAACCAAGUUCCCUGUUUCAGAGGCACCGUGUCGACACGCUCCUUCUGGAUCUGCGGUCAAAGUUUCCACCAACAUUUUAUCAGCCAAAGCCUGGGGAGAAGCCGAUUCCAGUUGAGGUGAAGAAAGAGCCUGAGCCUCCGGCAGAAGCUGUAAAACAAGAGGACAGAGAACCUGCCACUAAGUCUGCUGCACCAGCUCCACCAAGUAAACCGCCUCCUGAGAAGAGAGCACGACUACAGUGAAACUACUCACACUGUGGGAGGACGGAGACGGUAUAAUGAAGUCUCACAGCUCUACUGAAAGAACGGCUCAGGAGUAUUUUCGUUCCCUUUCAGAAGAUUGCAAUAUCAUCCGUGGGUCUGCUCAUUUCAUCUUCAGUUACUAGCACCAGGACUUCUUUUAUACUCCAGUCUCAUGCUUGUACAGUCGAUAGGUUUUUACAUUGUGUUAUUUUCAGGAAAGCAGUGCCAGUCAAAGGGUCAAUGCUUGAUGUCAGCAGGCAUUUAGCAGCGUUUGCUGAGGAUGGAGGUGUCUGAUGGUAAGCUGACCUCAGCACCAGUGUCGGUUUACUGUUGACAUCAGCCUAAUAUUUGUGUUGUAGUGACUGUAAAGGACGGUCUAAUUCCUCAUGUGCUUCACACAGAGAUGUGUCAUGAUGUGUUAUUUCAUCUGGAAAACAAAAAGCUUCCUGACUUAAGCACCUCUCACUAUUGAACAACUCUUCUGGUUAUUUUAUAAGAAUACUUUGAUUUUUGUGUGAUUUUGUAUUAAAAUGUCUCGCCUA